CAGUUGUUUCAUUCGUUCAGCAAUUGUUCGAAUCUGCACGAGAAGUGCAAGGAAGAAGUAAAAGCUAGAUUUAAAGCUAGAUUAGAUUACGCUUUAAAAUCUUCACGUAUUGCGAAUAUAUCGAGUGUUUUCGUAAAUGUAGCGCCUUACGCUCAGUUAUGCUUGCAAAAUGAGUAACAUAAUGAAAAAAGGAACAACCAUCUUUACCGGCAAACCGUUUGUCUAUGUUGUCAUAUCGGAACACAGGACUGUGCGAUGUGAUAAUUGUUUGAAGAGCGAAAAAUUAUUAAAGUGUUCUGGUUGUCAGUACGUAUAUUAUUGCGACCGCAAUUGUCAGAAAAAAUUAUGGCCAAUACAUAAGGCAGAAUGUGCACAUUUAAAGAAUAUAUCGCAAGUGUUACCAGAUAUUGAUAUGAUUCGACUUAUGGCACGUACAAUUAUCAAGCUUAAUCAAGGUGGAGCAGAUGAAAUAGGUCAUUACAAUAAAAAAAAUGUUAAAUUCAAGGAUCUAAUGUCUCAUUAUUCUGACAUAAAGGCAGACAUGAAACGACAGUUACAUUUCGUCUCAUUAUAUGUAAUGUUAUUCCAAUUUCUUGAUAAGACACUUGUGCCUGACUUUGAGGAGUUGAUGGGUAUUUAUGGCAGGAUAUGCACAAACAGCUUCACAAUAACGAAUGAUACUCUAGAGCCCAUUGGAAUUGGUAUUUAUUUGGGAGCAUCUAUACUGGAUCAUAGCUGCAAACCUAAUGCAGUCUUUAUUUUUGAAGGGACCACCAUCAUCAUCCGAACAAUAAUGGAUCUUCCCUCUUCAGACUUGUCACAAAUAAGAAUAGCAUACAUUGAUUUACUUAGAUCUAAUAAGGAUAGACAUGAGAAAUUACACAAUUCAUACUAUUUUUGGUGUGAUUGUGAAAGGUGCAAAAAAAAGGAACCAAUAGCUGAAGCAGCUGCAUGUCCAAAUUCAUUGUGUGAUUCACCAUGUUUGAUUGAAGCUAACGAAUGCGAGAAAUGUAGUACUAGGAUAUCUGUAGAAUUUAAAAAGACAUUUCAGAAAAUUUCUGACUUCACUGCUAAUCAUUUGAAAGAGAUGAAUCAUUGUGACGAUGAAAAUAAGAUAUUAUUAGGUAAAAUAUGUUUAAUGAAGCAAAAGGGUGUAAUGCAUAAAUUUAAUAUACAACAUCUCCAGACUCUGGAUUUGAUUUAUGCUGCGACUGUAAAACUGGAAUGGUACAAAGAUGCAAAAUUGUAUGGCAACGAACUCUUGCCAGGAUAUUUAUUGUACUAUGGAGAAGUACAUCCUACAACAGGAGCGCUGUAUUAUGUAAUAGGAAUGAUAGAGAUGUUCUUGGGAAAACCAAAAGAAGCGCUUCAAAUAUUGAAUAAAGCAGAUAUGGUAUUAAGGAUAACACAUGGGGACGAGCACUCUUUCACAAAAAGAUUAAACUUUUUGAUUAACAUGGCUAAGAUAAUCAAUAUUUGUAACAAGUAAAAAUUUGGGAUUUUUAUAAUUUCUAAUUAUAAUCGAGAUUUUUUAUUUUCAGAUAUUUUAAUUUAUAUUUAUAUACUAAUUUACUACAAUUUUUUAAAGACAGGAAUCAGCAAAAUUAAAUAUAUGACUUCGGUAAAACUUUUAUUUUUUUAUUUGUAUUGUCGUACUUAUGGUUUGAUUUAAAAAUUGACAGAAUAUCAUAAGAAAUCUGAGAGUGAUUAUACUGUAUGAUUACAUUUGGGACGGAAUGAAAUAGUACAUGAAAAAUGUACUUAAAAAUGUAUUUUAUAUAAAAU